UUUCUCUAGCUCGCGACUACAAUUUCCCGCGGUUACUGGGCUCCAAAGUUGGCCCCCUUUCUGGAGGCGGAGCCCAGAGCGAACGGGGCGUGACGGGUCCUCGCCCCUCUCCCUCGUAGCCGGGAGUACAGUGGAAGUUGCGGGCGGAGGUUCCCACGUGGUGCGGUGACUCCGGGUACCCGGCUUUGGUCCUCGCUGACUUCGUGGGCCUUGUGGGCCCGCUGCCUUCAGAGAUGCCGAAGAUCAAGUCAGGGGCGAGCGGUCGCCGCCGCGCGCGCCAGGAACUGCGCCGGGACCUGAAGAGCGCGGGAGGACUCAUGUUCAACACGGGGAUUGGGCAGCACAUUUUGAAAAAUCCUCUCAUUGUUAACAGCAUUAUUGAGAAGGCUGCCUUAAGACCAACUGAUGUGGUGCUGGAAGUUGGACCUGGAACUGGCAAUAUGACUGUUAAGUUGCUAGAAAAGGCAAAAAAGGUAAUUGCCUGUGAACUUGACCCAAGGCUAGUAGCAGAACUUCACAAAAGAGUUCAGGGCACGCCUCUGGCCAGCAAACUUCAAGUAAUGGUGGGUGAUGUGUUGAAAACAGAUUUGCCAUUCUUUGAUGCUUGUGUGGCAAAUUUGCCUUAUCAGAUCUCUUCUCCUUUUGUCUUCAAGCUGUUGCUGCACCGACCUUUUUUCAGAUGUGCUAUACUUAUGUUUCAAAGAGAAUUUGCUCUCCGACUGGUUGCAAAACCUGGAGAUAAGUUAUACUGUAGACUCUCAAUUAAUACACAACUGUUAGCACGUGUGGACCAUCUGAUGAAAGUUGGAAAGAAUAACUUCAGACCACCACCCAAGGUGGAAUCCAGUGUUGUAAGACUUGAACCUAAGAAUCCACCACCACCUAUCAAUUUUCAGGAAUGGGAUGGCCUAGUAAGGAUCACCUUUGUUAGGAAAAACAAGACACUGUCUGCUGCAUUUAAGUCAAGUGCAGUACAGCAGCUGUUGGAAAAAAACUACCGAAUUCACUGUUCGAUUCAUAAUACUAUAAUACCAGAAGAUUUCAGCAUAGCAGAUAAAAUACAGCAAAUCCUAACCAGCACAGGUUUUAGUGACAAGCGGGCCCGUUCCAUGGACAUAGAUGACUUCAUCAGAUUGCUACAUGGAUUCAAUGCAGAAGGUAUCCAUUUUUCUUAGGUAUCUGGAAAAUAGAAUUUUCAAACUCAAGAAACGAAACUGGAAUUAUAUAUUUUUAAUGAUUUGAAAAGAUGAAAUAUGCUUUUCCUGCAUUGGGACACUGUGCUUGACUAUUUUUGAUUUAAUAUUGCUGUUGUCAACACUUAUUACUCUGAAUUUUUAAGGUAGUUAAGUCCAUUUAAGUACCAAAGUUGUUUUGAUUUUGGUUUGUUUUUAAUAUCUAACAUAGGGCAGGGUCCAAUCUGAACAUAAUCUUCAAGUUUAAGAGCCGCAGACACGCACAACUUUACACUCAAACUUAUCAUUUCUAACAGGUUAUUGUAUAAAGAUGUUACUUUCCUAUUUUUCAUGUUAUAUAUUAUUGUGAGGACCUCUAGGUCUUCAGCUCUUUAGGCCUAUGUCUCUCAGGUGUAAAAAUUAAAAUAUGCUUAACUUAGUCCCAUAUACCCAUGCCAUUUCUUCUUGUUAUUCAUGUGUAUAGUAAAACAACUGUUCCUUAAAAUGUUUGUUUUCUCUCAUUCUGUUUAUCCUAUACAACUUCUAUCAUUGCCUACCCCUUGAGCUAUCCUGUAACAUCAUAGGCUACACCAGGGUUCUGGGUAAGCCUAAGUCAGCUACUGAGAUCACGUAGUGCCAGACAUAUUACUUCUGGGCAUGAUUCCUUACCUCUGAAAUGAAGGUGCUGAACUAGAAUGUGAAAUGAAUGAUAAGAUUGUAUGAUUUUUCUUGGGGAGACAGUCAUAAGUUAACAAAAUCUCUAAAGGUUUUAUAAAUCAAAACUGGCUUUAAAGUUAAAAUCUGACCUUCAACUUCAAAACAAAUAAAACAAAAUUCAGCUGACCUUUCCCCCACAAGUACAAGUUCCCAGUAUUCAUAUGACUUCUGGACAAUUAAAAUUUUGAGUACUUUUUCAUAAAUAUGAUGCUUAGUUUUAGGCUAUUUUAAAAAUAUCUGGUUUAGAUUUUCAAUAGAUGUCAUAAUCAAGUCUUAAUUAGCUACUAUUAAACCAUUAUUGAUAUAAUACUGUGUUAAUGUAUUUUAAUAAAGAAUUAUAAUAGCUGAUUAUUUUAUUUAUGUAAGGAAAUAAAAAUAUCUUCAUUGAUAUUUGGCUUUCUUUAUACCUAA